UCAAUAAAUAUUGUAUGUCUCUGGCUUUGGUGCUUUGGCACUGAUCAUUUGAUUCAGCGCGUUGCGAGGACGAAGGUACCAUGGUUGAGCACACGAGAUGAUGGGAUUUCUUGAGUCUGCUGCUGCGCGACCACAUCUGUCUCCCUCUGAAACUAGAUAAGAGAGCAGAGACAGGAGACUGCUCGGCAGGGAAGAUGUUCUGCGCCAAGCUGAAAGAACUGAAGAUAUCCGGAGAGUGUCCAUUCUCCAGCAGCGCCAAAAAUAAUGAGCUCGGAGACUUUGAAGAACGCUCAAGUGACGCUGCGGAUUUAUUGCCUAUUUCUAAGGACGUGCACGGAAAAAUUAGUGAGGAUGUACCUCGACAGAAGACAAGAAGAGCCAAAGUUAACCUGCAUACUCUUGGGGAGAGCGUUCGAAAAUUGGCAUGUCCAGAGUUUCAAAGACUGCACACUGCCCUUCAGCGAAUGAUGGCACUAGGAGAUCACAACAGGGACUCUGAGAGUCCUGCAAUUUGCUGUACUCACUACCAGAGUUGCAGCGAGGAACCAGAGCAUUUAGUAGAGAUGAUGAAAAGUUACUCAGCCAAAACAGCAAUCCCAAUGGAGGCUUUGAUAGUUGCUUUUGGCGAGGAGGUCUUCAACAUGUGUUACGAAGAGGACAGGCACAUUUUGAGAGUGGUGGGGGGAGCACUGCACGACUUUCUCAACAGUUUCAAUGUGCUGCUAAAACAGAGCAGCAUGCUGCCCAACCUGGACAGAGAGGAUUGUGUAAACGAACCAUCGGUGCUGUGUUUAGACAAGGACCCAGGUCUGCUUAUUGUCUAUUUUUUCAACCCAUGCCCCACCACUGAGCUCUUUUUCCCCGGAGUUAUCAAAGCUGCUGCCCGCCUGCUGUACCACACAACUGUGGAUGUGUUGAAAGGACCCCUCAAUGCUAAAGACAGCAUCUUGCAGUCCAGCCCACAGCCUAGUCUUCUGUACACAGUUGUAGUUAAAGAUGCCAAAACACUUAGCCCCAGUCCAUUACGGGCCACAUCAGCUGGGACCCUUCCUACCUCUCUCUUCUCCACUAUCUUUCCAUUCCAUCUGAUUCUGGACCAGGACCUGGUUCUGGUACAAAUAGGACAUGGGCUCAGGAAGAGACUUACCAGAAAAGAAGGACUGAGACGGUCUUCCACAUUUCAAGAACACUUCUCUAUUGUAUCCCCCCAAAUUAAAUGUACCUUUCAGGGCAUCCUGACCAUGCUGAAUGCACAGUUUAUCAUUCGGAUCAAACACGGAGUCGCCACCGCAGAUAACACAGGGAAGCUCAUGGACCUUAAAGGUCAGAUGAUUUAUGUGUCAGAGUCAAACGCCAUCUUGUUCUUGGGCUCACCAUGUGUGGACAAAUUGGAGGAGCUAACAGGCCGCGGUCUCUACAUGUCUGACAUCCCUAUUCAUAAUGCGCUGCGGGAUGUGGUCCUGGUUGGUGAACAGGCCAAAGCCCAGGAUGGUUUGAAGAAGCGGCUGGGGAAAGCCAAGGCAGCCUUGGAGCACGCUCACCAAGCUCUGGAGGAAGAGAAGAAGAAGACAGUGGACCUCCUCUUCUCCAUCUUCCCAGGCACAGUAGCGCAGCAGCUAUGGCAGGGUGAAACAGUCCAGGCCAAAAAGUUUGACCAGGUCACGAUGCUCUUCUCUGACAUUGUGGGCUUCACGGCUGUUUGCUCACUCUGUACGCCAAUGCAAGUGAUCACCAUGCUCAAUGACUUGUACACCAGGUUUGACCACCAGUGUGGAGAGCUUGAUGUUUAUAAGGUGGAGACCAUCGGUGAUGCUUAUUGUGUAGCUGGUGGUUUGCACAAGGAGAGUGAGACCCAUGCGGUCCAAAUAGCACUCAUGGCUUUAAGGAUGAUGGAGCUUUCAGAUGAAGUUAUGACACCAACUGGAGAACCAAUACAGAUGCGUAUCGGCCUUCACAGUGGCUCAGUACUAGCUGGAGUAGUCGGAGUGAAGAUGCCACGAUACUGCCUUUUUGGGAACAAUGUCACCUUGGCAAACAAGUUUGAAUCGUACAGCCUACCGAGGAAAAUCAACAUCAGCCCUACAACCCACAGAUUGCUGAAGGGUCGCCCAGAGUUUGUCUUUGUUCCCAGGAGCAGACAGGAGCUUCCUGUCAACUUCCCAGAAGACAUCCCUGGUGUUUGUUACUUUUUGGAGGCAGCCUUCAAACCUUCAAAACUCCCCAAGAAAUAAAGCCAAACUGCAGCAAGACCCAACAGGAUUAGAUAUGGAGGAACUUGUCAAGUGAUCAAGUGCAACUGCCUUGUAUACUUUGGUUUGGGUUGUUUCAUUUUUGAUGUUAUCCAGUCAAACUCUAGCAGCAGCUGCUUCAUUACAAGAUGUCAGUUUCCUGUCAAACGUCUUGUCUCUGUACAAUUAUCCAUUUGUACAGUUGUAGUAAGAGAAAAACUCACUUCAUCUUUCUUCCAGAAUGAGUCAUCUCUGCAAUUUGAUAGCUUAUUUAGAAGAAAAAAAACACAGCUUUCACUUCUCGCUGCCACCAGAUAUAUAAACUGUUAAAGGAGGACUUUGCGACUGUUUUUAUUAUUUUUAACAAGUAGAGUUGCAAAUACAGAAAAUAUACAGUCAAUGUGGAAAAACAAACAUGCAUUUUUUUAAUCAAGUGAAAUAUUUAAUCCUGCACAACAAGAUAUGUUACAAAAUACUUGUUUGACAUCAUGUAGCUGAACAGAUAGCGUUCUGAACAUAUCUGACUUGUCCUUUCAUAGCUACCCAGACAAGGCACCUGCUAAAGCAACUUGAUGUUAGAUCGACAUAAAUUAUGCUAAAAUGCAGCUGGUGCUGUGUAAUAAAAUAAAAUAACAACACAAGUUAUUUUAUGAAGUGGGAUUCAACCUUCAAUCGAAUGAAACAAUGCGUAGCAGAUUACAUCCAGGUGCCUUAUGGGAACUAUACAAGCAGGUCUUAGAUAUGCAUACAAAGAUGAAAUAUCCGUACAUGUUUAUUUUUAACAGUUGUAUUUUUUCUUAUUAUUGUUAUUGUUUCAGAGAUAAUAUAAACCAAGAUUAAUUUUAAUACAGAUUAUAAUCAUAUCAGAUCAAGAUUUAUCUCACAAGCAGAAACACAGAAGCAUUCAUUUGUGUGGUUUAUUGACGUUGGUUUCUUAAUAUUAUUUGUUUGUUUUUAUUUUUUAAGCAAAUAUGUCUAUACUGUAUUUAAGUCUCACAGCACCCCUUAUAAAGAGGUUACAACACAACAAGAAUACAGUGAAUGUUAUACUAUCACUCAUAAUGGUAUGCUUUUAUCAUUGUAAUAUAACUAACAUAAAUAAAUAUUGUCAUAACAGACUCAAGUGACUGACUUUGCAAAUGCUCUUACAUCAAAUUUUGAAGUAUUUUUAGGUUUGUUUAAGCUUUUUCAAUGCAAUGUACUUUAUACUGAUAUUAUUAUAUUCAAGAGGCAAAUAUAAGGAUUUUGACUCCACCUAUAUUAUCUAAAGGCCAUUGAAUAUUUUUGAAACACGAUCAAAUAUUGCAUAGCUGUAGAUUAAGAUAUCAAUAACAUAAUAAUAAAAUAAAGUAUUUAACAGUUGAAUUAAAAUUCUUCUCUGUUUAGACGGGUGCAU